AUGAUCGACAUCAAUUUGUCUCUGUUGCUGGAGCAGCUGCUGCUGCUGAGGCAAAGGCUGCAGCAGGAAGAUCUGCUGCAGCAGAUACUGCAACAGCAGCAGCAGCAGGAGGAGCAGCAGCAGCAGCAGCAGCAACAGCACCAACAGCAACAGCAGCAGCAGCAACAGCAGCAACAACAGCAGCAGCAACAGCAGCAACAACAGCAGCAGCAGCAGCAACAGCAGCAACAACAGCAGCAGCAGCAACAACAGCAGCAACAGCAGCAACAGCAGCAACAAAAUGCUUACCAACAGCUUGCUGCAUAA